AUGGAUUCAACACUUCCGAGUCUCGUCAUAUCAAUUCCCGUAUCGAAUCGUCGCCGCGAAACAAUACGACACGCAUGUCAAAGUCGCGUUCGAAUGCUAUCGGCUUUCCACAAACCUCCAACAGAGAGUCUGCUAUCUGCGGCAUCGACAAUUCCUUCGCAAACACUGGCAUAUGGUGAUAGAUCAUGA